GGAUAAUUGAGUCACAUCGAUGUAUACCCGCAGCCAGAACCGUAGGGAGGGCUCAUGACCAGUGAUGUUGCUGUUAUGAUAGAGGGUCCAUGUGAACAGAUUGGCAGGCCAGGGAACAUCUCCAGGUGUGUCACAUUAUUAUACAGUUUAUACCUGUGCAGUCUUUGGACUGCUGGACACUCUGUCAAGAUGGUAAGGUCUUGUCUUAAACUCUGCAAUAAUAGGAGAGGUGCUAGAAACAUUCCUUUCAAGAACAAAUGCAGAAGGAUAAUUGCAUACAUAGCGGCAGCUGUGUUGGUGAUAUUGCUACUAUUGAAGGUAUUAAAUUCCAUAGACUUGUGGAUACUUCAUUCAAGGCUAUAUGACCCAACACUGAAUCCAACUUUAGUUCCUUUUGAAAAGUUGCCACCUACUGGGAAACACAAAAUACCAAAAAUUAUUCAUCAGACUUGGAAAGAUCCCUAUGUCCCCUCUCGGGUGACAGCUUGGGUGAAGUCUUGGAAGCAAGUGCACCCAGACUGGGAGUAUUGGUUUUGGACUGAUCACGGUGCCAGAGAGUUCAUCAGAACAACAUUUCCUCCAUAUCUCUCCAUGUAUGAUAAUUAUAUGCAGAACAUUCGUCGAGCUGAUGCCAUGAGGUACUUCAUUUUGUACCACUUUGGGGGACUUUAUGCAGAUACUGACAUGCAAGCUGUGAGACCAGUAGAUCCGCUGACUUACAAAUAUAACUGUUUUCUUGGACAAGAGCCACCUGAGCAUUCCCUUCUGGACACCAAUAAUGAACACCUUGCAAUCAAUGCCAUCAUGGGCUGCAGACCAGGGCAUCCAUUCUUUAAGUUGGUGGUAGAAAGGCUGCCAGACUUUUCUCACAUGUGGGACCUACUGGACAGCACUGGCCCACAUUUUCUCACUAGCGUUUGGAAGGAAUAUUCUCGCAGAAAUAUAUCAGAUACAAAUGGUGACGGAGUGUUUCUGGCCCCAGCUGAAUACUUUAUCCCAACCACUGACCCUUACAAACCAUUUUACUUCAGGUCCAGAUGUAAAAAUGUUGAGAAACUGACUAGGAAACAAAAAGAGGCUUGUGUUAGCUUUUACAUAAAAAAAUUGAGAGAAAAACCUGCACCAUAUUCGUUUACUGUUCAUCACUGGAUCCACACUUACCUGCCCACUGAGCAAUUGAUAUGGUACCUACCUACAACUCAUAUCAGAGACUUGGUUCCUGAUGUUAAGUUAAAAUAUGGUCAUGAAUACCCUGAAGAGUAA